CUACAUACUAAAGUAAAUUAUAACGUUUUUCACCUUUUGUUAAUAUUCUAUUUAUGCUGUUGAAGUGCAAAUAAAUGUGACUGUCCCAUCGCUAUGAACACUUAUGCUCUUCAAUCUCAUUUGUUUUUUCUGAACUGUUUCAUAUAUUUGAGUUCCAUUGGAAGUUAUACUGUUUUUAUUUCCAUGAUUUUCACAUACUAUCCCAGUGUGUUGAUGAGAGGUUACACACUCGUAUCAGGUCCAACACUAGCUGACUGACUGAUAGAAGCGCUCCUUAUCACUUACCCUUAUAAAUAUAUUUAUAAGUUCAAGUGCUCUUGUGAAAUAAAUUAUACUAAGGAAGCGCUGAGAUUCCCCAUAUUUUACAAAUAAUCGUUUAGAUUAGAUAAUUUAACAUACCGAUGAAGUCUGGGAUUUUUAGUGGAAUAGAAAACCUAAAAGGUUUCUUACAACUAUCUUUUGUCUUAUGCUUGUAUCAGCAGAUGUAUUGGUGAUGCAAAGUGAAAUCCAACUAUUGAAAUAAUUUGUCUUGAAUACAUUUUGAAGCGUAACGUGCUCAAUGCUGUGUCAGGAAUCAAACGAUAAAUGUAAAUAUAUAAAUGAUAAGAUUCUUGACUGAUAUAUUUAUUUAAAGGACUAAAAUAUUUGUUUAUUUUCGACUACCCUUUAGUAUACAGGUAUCACUUGUAAUUUGUUGAACAAAGAAAAAAGGAAUAAAAAAUCAUUUGGCUGACAUAGGCGGCAAGACUAUAGUUUAUGGACGAACUAACCACGUAUAAGAUAACGGGUUUUGGAUUUUGGCGCUAAAUUCACUCAUCCAUUUGUCUUAAUAGAGUCUUGGCAUUAUAGAUGAUGUAAGUUCGUGAUGAAAACCCUAUAUCUAAUUCCAAAUUACAAACACUGUAAAUACUAAUCCUAAUUCCUCACGCCGGUUUUAUAGCUCUCAAGGUCUCAGCAUCGCUCAAAUGUCGUCAUUAAAUUAUAAUCUCACCGCAUAGGCUCACUUUCCCGCAUUUUGGAGGAUAAAUAGUAAAUACAUAAAAACAUAGAGUUAAUGAGGCAGUUAGAUAUUGUUGAUAUCAGUUGAUCCUUUGCAACUCAAUCUUCAAUGGAGAAUAAAAAAUAAUUUGAGUUAAUCAGUUUAAAGUAAUUAAUCCAUAGUAGAAGUAAAUUAGGCUGACAAAUAAAAACAGAAGCUAGAAUCAACCUCUGCCACAUAACUUUUUGAUGUAAGCUGUCAAACAAACAGCUUUAAAUAAAUUUCUGACAAUGAGGGACCUUAAUCAGCCUCGAUUCUAAUCAUUGACAAAUCUGGCUACUUAAUAUUCUCAAUUUUUGUACAAAAGGGUGAAUGUAUACGGAAUAUUAUGGAACGUAUUGAUAGCUUCAAAAAACCACAUAGUCACUGAAAGAUUUAAGUGACAUUUACUAAGAAGUAUGGCAGGUCCUAAGAGUUGGAGUACAUUAAUUAUUAAUGUAAUAGAAAGAUCAUAAGUAAUAUGACAAUAAGAAAUAAACUAGAGGUUUGAAAAAGUACUAUUUAUUCACUCAGUAAAUACAACAAGAUUAAGGUAAAUGCCUCAUAUAUUUAGAUCAACAGAUUUAGCCAAACCCCAACAAGAAUAGAAACAAUUUUGUGACUUGGAAUAACCCAAGUAAGUUAAUAAACUGUUAAGGAAGAAAUAUUUUGUAUAUAAUUAUUUAUCUUAAAUUUUUGCCAAGGCAAAGACAGGAAUAAACAUUAGUUUUAAAUGAACAGCUAUGAAAUUUGGAAAUCGGAAGCCAUAUACAUAUGCUGGUCAAAACAAGAAAUUUAUUGCCAAGUGGUAAGUUAUGUAAGGUCCGGGUAGCCGUAAAGACCAUUAAAAAGAAUACAUAAACCGAACGCUUAAAUGUUUCUGGAUGGUUUCUAGGUGUCAAGGGAGAUAAAUAUGAACUUAUACUCACACCACUUAUUACAAAGCAAUAAAAACAUGCUAACAACUGAGUUAGGGAUAUGCCCCCGAAUGCCCUGGUAUGGCCGAGAGUGGGGAGGGCCCCCCCUCCUCGAAAUGCUCUCACACGGCCACGCGUAUACAGCCUCUGCCAGGGAAGUCCUAAUCACUGCCUUCUCGUGGUGGGGGUGUUGUUUAUGAAAGUGAGAGGACGAAAAGCGAAUAUCUGGCGCUUUAACCGGAUCCCAAACCAAUGGUGCACAUGGGCUCCAGUGUCCUGCGGGAACAAAUGGCGUAUGAACCAAUCGUUGGUCACCGGCUACCAUAGGACUGCAUCUCCUUACGAUGCUUCACUGCAUUGUGGGUUAGACCUUUAGGUCGAAGGCUCGGGGUGUGGCCCCCUAAGAAGCCACCUGCUUCGGUCUGGGCACCCGGGCAGUAUCACAGCCCACACACAAAUGAUGAACUGUCGAUAAUUAUGGAAAAUACUUUCCUCGCUUCGAUUAACAAUCAUACGAUUCACAUUAUUAUUAUCAUUAUUAUUUACGUCUUUUAUUCACUCUCUUUUAUUCCUACUCUGUCUAUACUUACUUUUCGACUUAUACAGAAGAUCACCUAUGGUGGAAAUUCGGCUCUAUCUAAACGUUCUCGAGUCGCUGCCUGGUUGAAAAUUGUAUGCUACCACCAAAUACGAAUACUGAAGCAGUUUUCCUGAAACCACGUGCACCAUUCAAACUGGCUGCCUUCAAUGUUCGCACACUUAUGCAGGUCGGACAACAGAUAAGGUUGGCUAUGUCUUUGGAAAGUCUUAAUAUCGACAUUUGUUGUCUAUCCGAGAUCCGUAUUCAAGACUCCAGUGAAGUACUACAAAUUCGCUCUCCAUCUGUCGCUUCAAAAAGCUUGUUUUACGUGCGUUUAUCCGGGGACUCUGUGGCAUCUUCGUCUGGUCUUGCUGGCGUUGGUGUCGCACUAAGCGCUAGAGCUGAGGCAGCACUAGUCGAUUGGAUCCCCAUUAACAGUCGGUUAUGUGCUGUUAGAUUAGAAAGUUCCAUCAAAGUGAGAAGAAAUCGGCGUGAGAAACGAUGUCUUUUCGUCAUCUCCGCCUAUGCCCCGACAGUCAGUCAGCUGCAACGUAGGACCAGGCAUAUAUAUGCAUCGGUCCAAGUUGCCCAGACAGAUUGCAGCCCGGAUGCAAUCAAGGAUGAAUCCUACCACCAGUUAUCUGUUCUUCUCCAGAAAGUGCGUUCGACAGAUAUUGUAGUACUAGCCGUAGACUUGAAUGCUCAGGUCGGGCGUCUAGGCACAGAAGAGAGUCGUUUAGAUGGCCGAUGGUGACUUUUCAGUCGCAGGACUGAUAACGGGGACCGUCUACUGCAACUGUGCACAGACCACAACCUGUUUCUGGUUAGCACUAACUUCCGGCAGUCAUCGCCGAUGUGCCACCUGGCGACCUCCCCCUGUAUCUCAAGCCUGGACUCAGAUUGAUCACAUCGCGAUCAGCUACCGCUGACGUGGUUGUGUAAAAGACUGCCGCUCAUUUUUGAGUACCUAUCUGGACUCUGAUCAUACCCUGGUCUGCUUCUAGGCUAGCUACCAUUCCACCGAAAAGUACAGAUGAGCAUUGGUUGCAACUUCAUGUGUGUUCGGGCACAGAGAUGAUAAUGCAACUGAUGUCAACAUCUUGAAACACCGACCUCGGUGGCUUGGACAUGUUCUACGGAUGUCGUCACAGAGAAUUCCACAUCGUGCAUUAUCUACGGACUCUGGGACUGACUGGAAAUAGCGGAGAGGUGGUCGGUGUAUGACAUGGUGUCGUGGUAUGAAAGGAAGCUGCAAAGGGCUGGCUUGUGUUGGUCCUUCACGACUCCCUGGCUAGGGUCCGAGAGAUGGCGCAACACAGUUACUAGAGACGUUAUCAGAUAUGGCUCAGAAUAGAAGCCAGUGGCGAUCCUGCUGUAACCUUCUUUUACUUUCUUCAUAAAAAAAGUGGUUGCUUCUUCCUAAACUGAAAGAUCUCUUCUGAUUGUAAGUUUCUGUUUCCCCCAUCCUUAUUAUUCUUACACUACCUUACACUAAUCUGUUCGUCACUGUUCCUUUGUUUUACGCUCCUUACCUUUUUUCUCUCUUCGAAUCCUCAUUGUUUUGUGUGGCGCAUAUAUAUUUGGUGCCCUCGUACCAAUAUUUAUGUGUUCAGAUAAAUAAAUAAUAAAAUAGUUGGGGAUAUUAUAAAUAGUUUGACAAUUACCUAAGAAACUAAAUGCUAAUCACCUUGAUACAUAAAAUAUGUAGGGGUAUUAAGAUAAAAAUAUGCGGCCAACACUUAGUACAUGACUAGUUUAGUCUUAUAAAUCGCAAAAUACCAUAUGACUGGUCGAUACUUCAUAACGUCUCUUCCCAGUCAAGUGUCAUAACAAAUCAGUAUACAGCCAAAGAUCCCAUAAGACAAUUCUGUGGAACCGCAUAGUGAUGUGAUAACUCAGAAAUGUCGAAAUAAACUUAGAAACGUAAACUAAAUUGUCUUAAAAGUAUGUGAUUGCCUUGCAGACACACUUCCUGUCCCUCGAAAGUGUAGAACGAAUGGAAGUUUGCGCGAUAUAGUUGUAUGAGAAGUCUACAAAAUGUACUAUGAGGUUUCAAAAUUUUUCUUGGCUACUAUGCGAUUUGCCUAACAAAAUAUUCGCAGUUUAUGGAAUAAUAAAUAUGGAAACCUAAUCAUUGAUAAUGUGACAGAUAUUUAUAAACAUCAUGAUGUAUGUAUACCAAAAUGCUAGCCGAGGUCUCUCUGCAUAAAACCAGAAAUCCUCAACCUCAACCACAAUUCUAGUUCUACAAAGAUAAUAAAUGAUAUGAAUAGUGUAACUCAGAGAUAUCAAUUAGAUUAUCUGACACGACAAGUUUGUUAACAAACUUAGUAUGUUAACUUACUCUAUUCUGGGAGAGAAUUGCAUAAACCAUACUUGGAAAACCAAAAUUAACCGUCUUACAAUUCUGGAAUGUGCUUUGCUGAACAAAAAUUAACAGAUGGAAAUAUCCCAAUUCCAAACAACGCAGGACAACCUUGACACACGAUAACACAGUAGCAAGC